CACGGAUCAAGGGGGCAAGGCGCCGCAAAGUAUAAAUACUGUGACUUCAAUAGAGGAUCACCAGCAGGUUCCCAACUCCGCUACCAAAGGAGGGAGGAAUUGGCUGAGAAGAUAUUCUUUAUAUUUUUUACAUUUUCUUCCAGAGUUGGCAGCAUCAUCUCGCAUAGGCUAUCGUUUUCAAGGGGGUCGACUUUAAAACGAGCCACACCAUUGAUGUCUUAAGCUGUCGUGGAGCAAAGGGAGAGAGAGAGUGUGCGUGUGUGUGUGUGUGAGAGUGAGUGAGUGUGUGUGGUGAUUUUUUUUUUUUUUAAGAGGAGAGAAGGUAGUGAUGGAAGAGCUCACCGCUUUCGUGUCUAAGUCUUUCGAUCAGAAAGUGAAGGAGAAGAAGGAAGUGAUAACCUACAGGGAGGUGUUGGAGACCGGGUCGACGCGAGCAGGAAGCAGGGAGUCUUUAACUGCGGAGCCCGGGAGCCGAGAGGAGGCUGCAGCCGUCACCCGGAACGGAGCGCUCUCACCGGGCAGAGACACGGACAUGCUCGGCCCGGAAAGAAUCAGGGAUGCCGGGAGCCCCAAACUCAUUGACGGCAACACGGACGUGAAGGAGAGGAAAGAGGACUCGAAGCCUUUAGAGGACGAGGCACAGACUAAAAUCAAACAGAGGAGAAGUCGGACUAACUUCACAUUAGAGCAGCUCAACGAGCUGGAGCGGCUCUUCGACGAGACCCACUACCCGGACGCCUUCAUGCGCGAGGAGCUGAGCCAGCGACUGGGACUGUCGGAGGCCCGAGUACAGGUUUGGUUCCAGAAUAGAAGAGCCAAAUGCAGAAAGCAGGAGAACCAGUUACAUAAAGGAGUCCUGAUUGGAGCAGCGAAUCAGUUUGAAGCUUGUCGUGUUGCGCCAUAUGUCAACGUGGGGGCUUUACGGAUGCCAUUCCAACAGGAUAGUCAUUGCAACAUGCCGCCCUUCUCCUUUCAGGUGCAGGCGCAACUACAGCUGGACAGCGCCGUGGCCCACGCGCAGCACCACCUGCACUCUCACUUGGCGGCUCACGCGCCCUACAUGAUGUUCCCCGCGCCGCCGUUCGGACUUCCCCUGGCGACGCUCGCGGCCGAGUCCGCCUCCGCCGCCUCCGUCGUGGCCGCCGCCGCCGCCGCCAAGAACACCAGCAAGAACUCCAGCAUCGCCGACCUGAGACUGAAGGCCAAAAAGCACACGGCCGCGCUGGGACUGUGACGCCAGGUGGACUGGGGGACACGAGGCGCCCGCGCGCUACCUGCCACGUCCGCGCGACUGAGAGACGCUGAACACGAACGCUUUCAAAGUGAAGAAAAUGAACAAAGUGAGAAAAAAUUAUCCAAGGACGAUAUUUAUGUUUUCUUUUACAAAUGAAGGACGAGUAUAACUAUACAAAAAUAUAGGUUAUUUAUGAGACAAAGAAAAGACAAUGAACAAAAAAAAAAGAAGACUGUGACGUGAUAGCCUAUAACCCAGAUGUGAUUUUUGGACGCCCAAUAAAGUGGCGGAUGGGAUGGACACCAAGGCUACACGCAGGGUCCUUCUCUGCAGACACGUGGCGGAGGAGGGCGGGACACCCCGAGGAGGAGGAAGAUGCAGCUGGGACGGUCGAUACUUUGUCAAACAAGGCGAACCAUUCUGCAGUUGUUCUGAUUUAAUAUUAUAUUAUUAUUGUUUCAUUUUGAACCCAUAUAGAGGCUGGCCUCGUUUUAAAACACUUUCUCUGUAAAAGGACAGAGCGGGAAUUCUUUGACAAAACAGAGAAGAAGAAAAAAAAGGACAAUAUUCGAAGUGCUUUUUCCCUCUUCUGUUUCUUGUCCAAAAUUCAAAAUGCCCAAGCAGUGUUUGCAUGAGUUUGCCUUCACGUAUGACGUGAUGUGAG